CAUGCCCAAUUAACUAGAUCAUUGAUCAACGGCAGACACUUUCGUCUCAAGUACGGCACCCACGAAACUUGCGCUGCAAAGGGUUCGGACGCAACCUUUAACCUGUCCUCGACGACCAAUCUCCUAUCCUUGAUUCGUUCGAGAUCCAUCCACCGGCAAUCUUCCACCGACGUCAGAAUGAUUUCCCUCCAUGCGUUGGCGUCUUUCAUUCUACCGGCUCAGUCAACAUCGCUGAAGGUUUUUGACCAGUCAGCCAAAUCUGGUAAGAGGUCUUACAAUCCAAGCAACCCGCCAUCUGCGGCGCAGUUUACCGCCAAGAUACACCCUCGAGAGCGAGAGGUUUCGGCGGAAGUAAACGGGUUUUUCCUCGAUCACUGGCCAUUUCCAGAUGCGAAAUCCAGAAAGAAAUUCGUGGCUGCGGGGUUUUCACAAGUCACCUGCUUCUACUAUCCUACCGCGUUGGACGACAGGAUCUCUUUCGCCUGUCAUCUCCUGACGCUAUUGUUUUUGAUUGAUGAUCUCUUGGAAGACAUGUCGUUUGAAGCAGGCUCUUCCUACAACGAGAGACUCAUAUCACUUUCCAAGGGAGUGUCUUUGCCGGAUCGCAGUGUCCCAGUCGAAUGGAUCACUUAUGACCUAUGGAAUGAUAUGAGGGCUUGCGAUGAAGCCCUUGCCAAUGAAAUUCUUGAACCAGUCAUUACGUUCAUGCGCGCUCAAACUGACAAGACGCGGCUACAAAUCAAGGAGUUGGGGCACUAUUUGAAGUAUCGAGAAAAGGACGUUGGCAAAGCGUUGCUAUCUGCCUUAAUGAGGUUUAGCAUGAAGCUGCAUCUCAGCCCUGAAGAUCUGAAUUCGGUCGAGGAUAUUGAGAUUAACUGUUCAAAACAUAUCUCGGUUGUUAACGACAUCUAUAGCUGGGAAAAGGAGUUGAAGGCUUCCCAGAUAGGCCAUAAGGAAGGGUCCGCCUUGUGCUCAUCCGUGGCAGUUUUGGCUUCGGAGACUAGCCUGGACUAUUCAGCUUCGAAGCGCAUCUUGUGGAUAAUGUGUCGCGAAUGGGAGAUCCUCCACAUCCAGCUUGUCACUAGUAGAUUAUCAAGUGGUGAAGGUUGCAGUCCGGAUUUGCAGGCGUUCAUGAAAGGCUUGGAGUAUCAAAUGAGUGGAAAUGAGGCGUGGAGUAGCAUUACACCGAGAUACCAUUCGGUUUAGUUCAACUUUAUGCAUG